AUGUUGGCCGCAGCGUCACGUGCCGUGGUGCGUGCCCUGGCUCGCUCCGGGGUCAGCUGCCAGCGUCUACCCCGGCUGCCCGAGGCUCGGACCACCGCUGCCGCUAUGUCGCGGUCGCCGCAGGCCUCCUUGGGCGCCGCAGUCCGGCCCGCCACCGUGCUGGGCACCAUGGAGAUGGGGCGCCGCAUGGACGCACCCGCCAGCGGCACGGCCGUGCGCGCCUUCUUGGAGCGCGGCCACACGGAGCUGGACACGGCCUUCAUGUACAGCGACGGCCAGUCCGAGAGCAUCCUGGGCGGCCUGGGGCUCGGGCUGGGGGGCGGCGACUGCAGAGUGAAAAUCGCUACCAAGGCCAAUCCCUGGGAAGGGAAGUCACUGAAACCUGACAGUGUCCGGUCCCAACUGGAGACGUCACUGAAGAGGCUGCAGUGUCCCCGGGUGGACCUCUUCUACCUGCACGCACCAGAUCACAACACCCCCGUGGAGGAGACGCUGCGUGCCUGCCACCAGCUGCACCAGGAGGGCAAGUUUGUGGAGCUGGGCCUCUCCAACUAUGCCUCCUGGGAGGUGGCUGAGAUCUGUACCCUCUGCAAGAGUAACGGCUGGAUCCUGCCCACCGUGUACCAGGGCAUGUACAACGCCACCACCCGGCAGGUGGAAACGGAGCUCUUCCCCUGCCUCAGGCACUUUGGAUUGAGGUUCUACGCCUACAACCCUCUGGCUGGGGGCCUGCUGACCGGCAAGUACAAGUAUGAGGACAAGGACGGGAAACAGCCUCCGGGCCGCUUCUUUGGAAACACCUGGGCUGAGGUCUACAGGAAUCGCUUCUGGAAGGAGCACCACUUUGAGGCCAUCGCCCUGGUGGAGAAGGCCCUGCAGGCUGCCUAUGGGACCAGCCCCCCAACCAUGACCUCAGCAGCCCUCAGGUGGAUGUACCACCACUCACAGCUGCAGGGUGCCCACGGGGAUGCGGUCAUCCUGGGCAUGUCCAGCCUGGAGCAGCUGGCACAGAACUUGGCAGCGGCUGAGGAAGGGCCCCUGGAGCCGGCCGUUGUGCAGGCCUUUGAUCAAGCCUGGCACCUGGUUGCCCACGAAUGUCCCAGCUACUUCCGCUAGGCCCCCAGUGGCUCAAGCGGCCAGAGGUUUCUUUUCUUUCCUCUCACUUCUUCUGUUCUCUACCCUGGCCAGUCUUUGCCUUAAGCUGAUUCAGUGUGAUCUGUCUUGAUUGUCUGGAUCCAUGCAUUAAUUUUCUAGAUUCCUGCCUUGCUCCCAGUUGCCUUCAUAAUGUGUAAAGGCCGGGGCUGAGCCCUGCUCGGACAGUUCCUGCCUGAAUAAAGCGGGCACUUGACCUGGCUGUAGCCCAGGCCCUGAUAAACCCCACAGACUCGUCUCCAUGACUGUUUGCAGCUUGUUUCCAUCCUGCCUGUGGGCUAACUGCCAAAGGGGCAGAACCAUGAGCUGGAAUCUUCCAAGGGCAGAGGUCGUGAGCAGGUCUCAGGGCACACUGCCCUCAUGAGGCCUCCCCAGGGUCCUCUUCUGAACCCAGCCUCACGUCUCCACAGUGGGGCUGGAGGUGGCCCUCACUCCUGUACACACAGUAAUAAAAGAGGGCUAAACGCCCUGAAGUGGAUCUUCUCUCAUUGAGAAAUGCCCUCACUGAAUAUUUACAAAUAGAACAGUCCUGGCACAGCUUGACCAUUAGUGUCACCACCAAGAAGACUAAAACCUCCCAGGAUGCUGGGGAACAUUUUGAACAGAUGCUCUCAAGUUCAGCGGUGACUUUAGUCUUAGUUGAAGCCUCCCGUCUUCUUGUCAUCCAUCAGGUUCGCAGCCCUUGUCCUGGGCCUGCUGCUCUUGGGAGUGGGGGUGGGGCGUGGGCAGCCAGGGUCCCCAUUUCUCUCAGCAAAUCCCUACUGUAAGCAGGAGGCACCCAAAAGCUGGAGGAGAAAAGAAAUCCCAGGUCUGGUGGUUGACGUUUGACUGUUCCCAGUGCAGAGAAAUCCCUCCAGCCCUGGGCGGAGGGGUGGGCGGGCCCAGCAGCAGAAGUCGGCUCUUGGAGCUGGCUCAUCUUGAAGUGGUGAAAGGGGCUCCUCCUGGGAAUCCAGACAGAACCACCAUCAAAGACUCUUUGUUCUAAGAAAAGUCCCAUUGGUCAUCUAGAGGGAGACACCCUAGGGACAAAAUAUAUUCUCUCCAGAAACAAAUCCAUGUCCUUUGUGUUCAUCCAUGAUAAAAUGAUGUUUCCUUGAA